AUGUGGUCGCGGGCCCCCACCCCCCAGCACCCACCGCCCAGCCCCCAGCCACAGCCCAGACAGAGACCCCGCAGCAACAAGACAGCCACCUCAGACACCCACGACCAGCCCAGCCCCCCCCCGUCCCCACCCAGGCAGCACCCAGCCACUGCCCCACCCCCCCCAGCAGAGGACCCACACCCCAGCCCCCCCCAGGAGCAGUCCACCCCCCACCACGAGCAGCUUACCUCAGACCCAGCAGCCGCCAGGCUCGCCCCCUCCAGACCCAGCCCCCCCAAAGCCACAGCCUACAGCAGCAGACGCCCCCCCAGCCCUCACACCUCCCAGUCCGACAGACCAGCCCAGCAGAGAGCUCCAGAGCACAGAACACCCUCCCCCUCCUCACCCAGGUCCCACCCAGAGCAGUCCCCCACACAGACACCAGACAGGCAGGCCCCCCCCAGCCUGCCCAGCCGCGCACCAGACCAGCGCAGACAGCCCCCCCCCUUCCAACCCCAGGCUGCGCCUACCUCCCAGACCCCCCCAGAAGCUAGACCAGCUGCCCCCAGGCCCCCCCCACCACCAGCAGCCAGAGCCCAGCCCCCCAGAGCACAAUCAACCCAGCAAGCCAGAGCCGUCAGCCAGCCAGUACACCCAUUCCCCACUUGCCCAGCCAGCAGCACUCAAGCCCCAGAGACCCAGAGCCCAGAGGGCCCAGCCCAGCCACCCACUCCAGAGCCCUCUGAUGGCCAGACAGGCCACAGCUCCCAGCAGCAUCAGUGCUCAGCAGCCCCCAGAGCCAGCAGCACUAUCCCCCAGAGCAGCCCACCCCCCAGAUCACCAGGCACGCAAAGUCGAGUCAGCCCACACGCGCCCCCCCCAGGGCAGCAGAGCCAAGUCUCCCGCAGCUCCCACACCCCAGAGCAGCCCUCCCUCAGCAGCCCGCCAUCAACAGAGACAGAGCCCCCCCCAGACCCCCCACCCCCCAGUGGCAGAGCCCACCCAGAUGGAGCCCAGACAGACACACACCCAGCCCCCAGAGCCAGACCCCCCACCUCCAGACCCCCCCGUCACCCCCCCACUAGCAGUCACCCCCCCCCAGACUCAGACACCCCAGCCACACAGAACCCACCCCCCCCAGCAGGCAGCUCACCCCAGGCAGCAGCACCCCCCAGGCCAGCCAGAGCCCAGCCCCCCCCCCCGCCAGCCCUACUCCACCCAGCCCCCCCCUCCCAACAGAAGAACCCCCCAGCAGCAGCCCAGUACGCAGACCCACCCCACAGUCCAGUCACCCAUCCGCACCCCACAGGCACAGACCCCCAGCCCUCGUCAUCUCAGCCCCCCCUACCUCAGUCCACCUCCCCCCCUCCAGAGCCCCUGCAGACAGAUCAGAGCCCCCCCCCUCACGAAGCAGCUCCAGCCCAGACCACAGCCCCAGUACCCAGCCCAGAGCAGUACGCCAGCCACCAGCAAGCAGAGCACCCACAGCCCACCCUCACCCCCAGCCCAGACAGAUCAGCACCCCCCCGACCACAGCGAAGAGCAGUGCCAGCCUCCCCCCGCGCAGCAGCCCCCCCCAAGCCCAGACGCACAGAUCCAUCCCCAUCCUGA